AAUCUUGCGCCAUUGUCAUUCGUCUCAGAAAAGAAAUCUAUUCUGGUCUUCCUUGUUGGGAUUUGGAAUUGGAAAUAAUGGAGAUAACAUCUAAUCAGAGUGACUCUUCCAAGAAGAAGAAGAGACUACUGCUAAUCUUUAACUGUAUUAUAUUAACCAUAGGCAAUUCCGGCGGCCCUUUGAUCACGCGCCUCUACUUUCUCGACGGAGGCAAAAGUGUAUGGUUCUCCAGUUGGAUGGAGACGGGCGGUUGGCCCAUCAAUUUAAUCCCACUGGUUCUUACUUAUAUCCAGCGACGCAGAGCCGAAGGAUCAAACGCAAAACUCGUCUUCAUAACGCCUAGGAUAUUCAUGAAGGCCGCCAUCAUCGGCGUCCUGACCGGAGUCGACGACUACGUCUACGCGUAUGGGUUGUCGAAGCUCCCCGUCUCCACCACCGUUCUUCUCAUCGCCACCCAGCUAGCCUUCACCGCCGGCUUCGCCCGCCUUCUAGUGAACCAGAAGUUCACCGCCGCCUCGGUGAACGCCAUCGUGCUGCUCACAAUCGGAGCCGGAUGCUUGGCCAUUGGCGCCAGCGGCGACCGCCCCGCAGGCGAGAGCGAAAAGGAGUAUAUCUUAGGGUUUGUAUUGACGCUCACCGCCGCAUGCUUGUACGGCUUCGUUCUGCCAUGGAUAGAGCUUACAUACAGGACCGCGAAACAGGCGAUUACGUAUGCGUUAGUGUUGGAGAUGCAACUGGUCAUGUGUUUCUUCUCCACCUCUUUCUGUACAAUCGGACUCCUCGUGAGCAAGGAUUUCCAGACGAUUCCAGACGAAGUAAGAUCGUUUUCGUUAGGAGCGGGUAAGUAUAUUGCAGUGUGUGUUGGGAGUGCGGUUCUUUGGCAGUUGUUUUUCAUGGGAGUUGUGGGUGUGAGCUGUUUCGGUUCGUCGUUGUUGUCGGGGAUCUUAAUCUCCGCAUUAACUCCGGUGACGGAGGUUUUGGGCGUUUUGUUUUACCACGAAAAAUUCCGAGGGGAGAAGGCUUUGUCUCUUGUCCUGUCUCUUUGGGGCUUCGUUUCUUACUUCUAUGGCGAAAUGCAGACUAGUGAGGAGGCCAAGGACCAUGAAUCUGAAGAGCUCAACCCUUCUCAAACUCUUCCUAUUUAAUAUGUCCUCACGGCACAACGAAGGAGGGACAAAUUAUUUUGUGGUCCCGUAUUAAAGAUACAC